GGAUGCCCCCUCCACCGUCUCCUCCGUGUGCCGAAGGGAAAGGAGCCGCCAUGCAGCCAGCUCAGGCGGGGGUGUCCUUUGAGGAGGUGGCCGUGCGUUUCACCCCGGGGGAGUGGGCCCUGCUGCGCCCAGCCCAGAGAGAUCUCUACAAGGAAGUCAUGCUGGAGAACUUUGGGAACGUGGCCUCUCUGGGGUGUGCGUGGGAAGCUAGGAACAUUGAGCAUGUAUUCAGUCAGAGUAGCACUCUUCACCAACAUCAGAGAACCCACACAGGGGAGAAAACUUUUGCAUGCUCAGCAUGUGGAAAGACAUUCAGUGACAAGAGUAGUCUUCAACAGCAUCACGGGACUCACACAGGAGAGAAACCUUUUGAAUGCUCAGAGUGUGGAAAGAGAUUCAGUCACAGUGGCACUCUUCAACAGCAUCAGAGAACCCACACAGGGGAGAAACCUUUUGAAUGCUCAGAGUGUGGAAAGAGAUUCAGUCGGAGUGGUAAUCUGCGCUACCAUCAGCGAACCCACACAAGGGAGAAACCUUUUGAAUGCUCAGAGUGUGGAAAGAGAUUCAGUCAGAGUAGCACUCUUCACCAACAUCAGAGAACCCACACAGGGGAGAAACCUUUUGCAUGCUCAGCGUGUGGAAAGACAUUCAGUGACAAGAGCAGUCUUCACCAACAUCAGAGAACCCACACAGGAGAUAAACCUUUUGAAUGCUCAGAGUGUGGAAAGAGAUUAAGUCAAAGUGGCAGUCUUCAAUAUCAUCAGAGAACCCACACAGGAGAGAAACCUUUUGAAUGCUCAGAGUGUGGAAAGAGAUUCAGUCAAAGUGGCAGCCUUCAACAGCAUCAGAGAACCCACACAGGAGAGAAACCUUUUGAAUGCUCAGAGUGUGGAAAGACAUUCAGUGCCAAGAGCAGUCUUCAACAGCAUCAGAGAACCCACACAGGAGAGAAACCUUUUGAAUGCACAGAGUGUGGAAAGACAUUCAGUGCUAAGAGCAGUCUUCAACAGCAUCAGAGAACCCACACAGGAGAUAAACCUUUUGAAUGCUCAGUAUGUGGAAAGAGAUUCAGUCAGAGUGGCAGCCUUCAACAGCAUCAGAGAACCCACACAGGAGAGAAACCUUUUGAAUGCUCAGAAUGUGGAAUGAGAUUCAGUAACAGUUGCACUCUUCAAAGGCAUCAGAGAACCCACACAGGAGAGAAACCUUUUGAAUGCUCAGAGUGUGGGAAGAGAUUCAGUCAGAGUGCCAACCUUCAACUGCAUCAGAGGACCCACACAGGGGAGAAACCUUUUGAAUGCACAGAGUGUGGAAAGAGAUUCAUUCAGAGUGCCAACCUUCAACUGCAUCAGAGGACCCACACAGGGGAGAAACCUUUUGAAUGCACAGAGUGUGGAAAGAGAUUCAGUCAGAGUGGCCAUCUUCAAAAGCAUCAGAGAAGCCACACAAGAGAGAAACCUUUUGAAUGCUCAGAAUGUGGAAAGAGAUUCAGUCGCAGCAGCACUCUUCAAAAGCAUCAGAGGACGCACACAACAGGGGAGGAACCAUACAAAUGUCUUGAGUGUGGGAGAAGCUUCAGUCAGAGAUCACAACUUGGCGUUCAUCAGAGAAUCCACACUGGGGCAAAACCAUAUACGAGAGCAGCCUCUCUUCACGGCAAGUGA